AUGGAGCGCCCUUCCAAAAGAGCCAGAAUCUUAUUAGAUUCCAGUGAUGGCUCAGCGCCUACACCAGCGCCUACACCUCUGGCGUCUUUACAAAGGGCCAUUAGCCCACCAUUGCCCCGAGGCUGUCCCGAACUGACUGAUGGUAAAUUGACUCCUGGCACUGAAGGCACUGAAGGCACUACUCGCCCUGCCCAGUUCAUCAAUUCACCAAUACAACUCUCGCAUAUCCGAGAUUUACCGGAAGGUAAUAAUGUCGAUACUAUCCGACUACGCGACAUUCUGGGAGACCCCAUGAUCCGCGAGUGCUGGCAGUUUAACUACCUCUUUGAUGUGGAUUUUCUCAUGUCGCAGUUUGACGAGGAUGUCCGGGGUCUCGUACAAGUCAAAGUCGUGCAUGGAUCGUGGCGGAGGGAGGAUACGAAUCGUAUUCGAGUUGAGGAAGCCUGUUCGCGAUAUCCUAAUGUUGAGCCUAUUGCGGCCUACAUGCCAGAGCCUUUCGGGACUCAUCAUUCCAAGAUGAUGAUUCUUCUUCGACAUGAUGAUCUAGCUCAGGUUAUCAUUCACACGGCAAACAUGAUCCAUAUGGAUUGGACCAAUAUGACUCAAGCCGCCUGGUGCUCUCCACUGCUUCCACUGCAGAAGGCAAACACAGCAGGCUCUCAGACAGACGGCAAAAUUGGCUCGGGCGCGCGCUUCAAAAGAGACCUACUCGCUUAUCUGAAGGCAUACGGACCUAAAAAGACCGGCCCACUUGUCCAGCAGCUGGAUAAAUAUGACUUCAGCUCCGUCCGCGCUGCCCUCAUUGCUAGUGUCCCAUCCAAGAAGCACGUCAGUGACACCAGCUCGGAGGAGGACACACUAUGGGGCUGGCCUGCUCUGAAAGACUUGAUGAGCCAAAUACCCAUCCAGCAGAAAACCCCAAACAAGAAACCCCACGUAGUAAUCCAGAUCUCUUCAGUAGCAACCCUCGGCCAAACAAACAAGUGGCUCAAAGACGUCUUCUUCAAAUCCCUCACCCCACAACCAACAACCUACUCAAUAAUCUUCCCAACUCCAGACGAGAUCCGCCGCUCCUUAGACGGCUACAACUCCGGCGGCUCAAUCCACAUGAAAACUCAAAGCGCAGCACAACAAAAGCAACUGCAAUACAUGCGUCCCCAUCUCUGCCAAUGGGCAGGCGAUUCCCUCCCCCCAGGCCAAUGCAUCGACCUAUCCGAAGAGAACCCCCCAAGACGCGAAGCAGGCCGCGCCCGCGCAGCCCCACACAUCAAGACUUACAUCCGCUUCGCAGACUCAGACAUGAAGACCAUCGACUGGGCGAUGGUGUCGUCGGCGAAUCUGUCCACGCAGGCGUGGGGCGCGGCGACGAAUGGGAGUGGCGAGGUGCGCAUUUGUAGCUGGGAGAUUGGCGUGGUUGUUUGGCCGGAUCUUUUCCGGGAUGGGGGUCGUGCUGAUGCUGCAUCGGAAUCUGCGUCUGAAUCCCGAGCCGAAGGGAAAGCCCCUAUACCGGAUGCGCUGAUGGUUCCUUGCUUCAAGCGGGAUCGUCCUGAUGUGUCUGCCUCUGAGACGGCUUCUGUGGUCGUCGGGUUCCGGAUGCCUUAUGAUCUUCCGUUGACGCCUUAUGGUGCGGCUGAUGAGCCGUGGUGUGCGACUGCUUCGCAUGCUCUGCCGGACUGGCGGGGGGAGAGCUGGAUUGUUUGA